GAUGGCUUCAAUGACCCAAAUGCCAUUGCACCCUGAAAUAUUCGAAGAAGCAAGUUACCCAGAGAAGCAAUUCCAGCAUUAUGAAUCCUGAGCUACGCAUAGUUUUGGUUGGUAAAACAGGAGUCGGAAAGAGCGCUACAGGAAACACCAUUCUUGGCGAAAAAGCUUUCAAUUCAGAAGCAAGAGCGACGUCCAUCACUAAAGAAUGCUCACGUGAAUCACGGAUGAUGAACAGAAGGCAGGUUUCAAUUGUGGACACUCCUGGCCUGUAUGAUACUCACCUGUCCAAUGAACAAGUCAUAAACGAAGUUGUGAACUGCAUCAGACUCGCAGCUCCGGGUCCUCAUGUCUUUCUUCUCAUAAUUUCCAUUGGACGCUUCACUGAAGAGGAGAAGAAUACAGUUGAACUGAUUCAGAGAGUCUUUGGGCAGCAAGUGCACAGACACAUGAUGGUUUUAUUCACCAGAGCUGAUGAUCUUGAAGACAGGACACUGGAGGAUUUUAUUGAAGAAGCUCCAGAGCUUAGAAAAGUGAUAGAGGCAUGCUCAGGGAGAUUUCAUAUGAUGAAUAAUAAAGAAAAGAGAGACAGAGCGCAAGUCGAUGAACUUAUAACCAAGAUUGUGGUCAUGAUAAAACAGAAUCAAAACAGCUAUUAUAGCUACCACAUGUUUGAGAUGGCCAAUGAACUCAACAAUGUGAGGAAAACUGCCAGGGAAAAAGAUCAAAUCAUUGAAGACCUAAAGAAGGAGUUAAGAAAGAUUCAAAAAGACACUGAUAAGUCCUUUUGCUGCAUAUUGUAGGACUGUCAACAAAAUGCAUGCAGCAAAUUCCAAAGGGAUAUAAGACGGAAGCAGGGGUGGACUUAACCAAUAAGCGAAGUAAGUUUCCGCUUAGGGACCUGGGGAAUUAGGGGGCCCCGACCAAUGCCAGAAAGCCUAUAUUAAUCAUAUAGCUCUUUUAUUAUUUUCUAUCAUAUGUUGUAAUAUCUGUCUAUAACCAUUAAGAUUUUAAAACUGGGGCCCCCAUGAAUA